UAUGAUGGGUGCUCCUCCGGUUCCAUUCCUUCGGGUCAUCAUUCUCUUAUAUCUCUUCACUUGCUUCCUCAGAUAAAUUUGACCAUCGCAUCCAGUGUCGAACUCUCGUGACCUAUACUUCGGAUAUAAGACCAGCUAUCUGUAUCACAAUCAGCACCUUUUCAUUUCAUAUUGAUCUUAUUCAUUGCCUUAUUUAUACUCUAUUUGCACGUCUCGUACCAAGUUGUGCGGAACAAACACCAUGAACCCAGCAUAUGCCGCCGUGACAACGGGGCCCGAGAUGCCUCACCAGUCAUUGUCGUAUGAUGAUGGGAUGGCCUCGAGAUCAUCGCAAAUCGCAACAACCCAGCCAACAAUGCUGAACAUCCCGUAUUCGCAUUAUGCUAUUUUGUAUAUGGACGGCGACGGAAAGCUUGGUGUCGGGGUUUCCCCUUCGAUUGAGGGUUCAGAAAAGGCCAUUUUCACCCAGGAUGUUCGAGGGCGGUUUUUGCGUUCCAUGACGGGAGGUCCAUAUGGCCUGCAGGGUUAUUCAAACUCAAUGAUGCCAACCCAGGACGGCAUUCUCCCUAGCUCAACUUCCCUCGCCUGGUACCACCAUUCUCGAACAAAGCGAGACGGUCUCAUUCCCUGCGAAUGGCAGUCGCAACGCAGCAAGCGCCAGAGACGUCGCGACUCUGAUUCCGCAUCAGCCUCCCCUUGUCCCACCAUCCGCCGCACCGCGCUGCGUGUGGGAGAUCACGACAUCCUGAGACGGUACUACGAGAAGGCGUUCGACAACUUCCAGCAGCUCAACUGCAGAAUGAUUGCCAAGGCAUGGAUCAAGCUGGUUGAGCCGCGCAAGCAGGUCAACCACCCUUAUAAUGGACGGAAGAAUGUUGGAGGAACAUCGCAGCGUGUUGACCCGGAGUUGACAAAGCCAAGGUGGUGGCCGACGGGUGUCACCCACAAGGAGCCUGAUCACCUGCCCAAGCCUGAACGAGUCCGUCUUCUUAUCCACAUCCUUUGCGAAUUGAGGAACAGCCACGAUAUCACCGCAGAGAAGCUCAAAGAGGCUGGUCAAGAUGUGCGACGCCAAAUCUCGCCUUCUGAGCGCCUGGAUGUCCUGGACGAGAUCUACUACGUUAGACAGAUGGAAGAGCACUAUUUGGCUGGUGAUAUUGGCGCCGAUACAAUCCUCCACGUCUCCCACGUCCACCUCCCUGAAGCCAGCUUCGAACUCGACCAACACGACUUCCAAUCCACAGACCAUCACGACGCACUCUCCUCGAUUCCCACCACCCUGCCAAAGGUCCCAGCCAUGCGCGGCACCUCGGAUGAUGGCAGCUCAGAGUACUGCCUUCCUCUCACUCCCUCCUCGUCCUGCCCGUCUAACGGCCCCCGGAGUCCUGCGCAGACACACCCGUCCUAUUCGCCCGAGAUGGCUUCUUCCAUGAUGUCCGCCGGUGCCCACGCCAGUGCUGCAUACGUAACUUCCAAAGACGAGUCGCACCCGGGUGCUACCUCAUGUAUGCCGGACUAUUUCAGCCAGCCGUUCCUUGUCCCGACAACGGCGCCAUCAACGCAGGCUGGGUACUGGGGACACCCAGCUCAGGCGCACGCGGCGCCUGUGUAUUCUACUGGAUAUUAAUGAGUUCCUACUAAUGAGUUCCUCGCAUGACACCAAGACCUAAGACACUCGUUUAUUUUUCUUUUUUCCUUUGUAUUAUACUCGACUUGUCAUUCCUACACAUUUCCUUUGUCUUGUAUAUCUAUAUUGCACCGUUCGGUUUUUUGAGACUUCUAGUAAGUCUUAUUUCGCGCGACGAGGACAUUCUGCUUUAUUAUCUAUAGAAAAGUCCUUUCAUUUGUUGCAUUUCUGGUUUUUGUUUUAUCUUUGCAUUCGCGGCAUAUGGGUUCUGAGGUUUCUGAGGCAUGCAUGAGAGCUAUUGACAUGUAAUUAUAGUAUAGACGGAUUGUUUGAGCAUUUAAUCUAACCUCGAUAAUAUAAUAAUAUAUUGACUUUCUGAG